AUGUAUGUGAAAUGGUUUGAUACAGUAAUGUUUUACUAUGUGAUUUUAGUAUAUUUAUUGAAUAUCACUUUUUGACAUUUUCAAAUUUCCCGCCGUACGUCCCGACGCUUCGCUGGGGAUGGAACCCAGAUGACAGAUGCCGACAUCCACCGGAUUACAUUGCCGGGGACACUGCAGGAGAGACAUCGCAGGAGCGCAGGACAAGGUAAGAGAAGAACAGAUCCCGGAGCAGUGCCGCAUGGUAAGCCCGAGUGUAGCUCAGGGUUCCCGCUUGUGCUACACUCGGGAAUACCGCCAGGGGGGUUAAGCCUA